AUGUUGGAAAAAGCUACCUACAAAAGACUGUCAAGUGAUGUGGAUACCACAAGCUCUGUCCAUCCUGCAACAUCUGCAAGUUGGUUAUCAUUAUUAUCCUUUUGGUGGAUGAACGGCAUAUUUAGAAUGGGGAACGAGAGACCCUUGGCACACUCUGACAUACUGCCUCUUCACGAAGAAGACAAGGCCAGAGAUCUGACAGAGAGCCUUCAGAAGGAAUGGAACAAACACGUAAAUGAACUCAACAAGAAUAAAGAAUGUAAAAUACAACCCAGCCUCUGGAAGUGCAUCGUCAGGACCACGUCUUUAAGGAAGAUUUCCUUCCUGACAUGUUUUGUGCUCUUGGAGUCAAUAUGUCGUGUUUUACAGCCAUUAUUCCUCGGUUUGCUCCUUCAUUUGCUCCGUUCCUCUGAGAGAGACUACUCUUUAGCCUAUGGAUGCUGUUUCCUGCUAGCAUUAAGCGGCUCAUCUACCGCCUGUAUUCACUAUACUGGGUACCAGUUAGAACUUCUAGGAAUGCGACUCAGCAGUGCUAUUAAGGGUCUUAUAUACCUUAAGGUUAGUCAUUUAGACAGCAAACGAAGCUUGUAAUUAGUCGGUGAGACGUUAACCCAUCUAUUUAUGCAUUUCUUUGGUUAUUGAAUCAGUCAAUCAGUCGGUUAGUCGAUUAGUCAAUUGGUCAAUCAGUUAAGCGGCAGAUAUUUGUCUGUUUGUCUUCCUGUCUUUCUCGCGAUCCAUCUCAACUUCUAACAGGAAGUGAUCAUCCUUUUCAGAUACCGUUGGUCAGUAAACAGACGCUUCGAAAAGUGACAAGUGGAAAUGUUAUCGACUUAAUUUCAACUGACGUUGAAAGAAUUGAAUUGGCGCCCAGAUGGAUAUUCCUUUCAACCUUCACAAUACUCGAAAUCGCAGCUGUGAUUUCCUUAUUGUUUUACCUCAUCAGUUGGGAAGCAAUAAUGGGAGUUUUCUACCUUGUGGCGGUGAUUCCAUUUGUCAUGAUUAUCUCAUCCCUGUGUGCUCAGCUGCGGCAGGAAACAGCCACCGUGUCCGAUCAUCGCAUAUCAAUGAUGAUUGAACUGAUAUCAGGCAUUCGCGCACUUAAGGCUAACGCCUUGGAGAACAGCCAUAAGGAUAGGAUUCAAGAAGUAAGAAGGUAGGUGAGGACAUUCCGCGAAAUUGCAUUAGGACGCAAAAAGAAUAUAAUGUAAAAUAAUAGCACUGUGAAAAUUACAAAUAAGUAAUGAUUGGUUUGGUAUAUUCCUCAAAGAAGGGAAGAUGUCCUUCCUUCUAAAAGAACAAGAAUAAAGUUCGCUUAUCAUUAAAAUACAUGUGCAUCUGAUCGACCUUCUGCCUUACUAAUCGUCAGACUGACCAGUCAUUCAACUGAGUAAUGGAAUUACCAAACCAAAACACCACCAGAUUUAAUUUUCAUGGCUUUGAAUUUAUUGUCAUGAAAAAUAAGAUUGAUGCUUUAGUUUAGCUACCAUGGUUUAGUAUGCGUUCACUUUCGAUAACUGAUUUACACUAUGAGGUGCCAGUAGAAGAGAAUUCCUGUUUAUGUUCUUUAGGAAGGAGAUCUGGAUCAUCCUAAAGAAGGGAGCUCUGUUAUCAAUUGUGGAAUAUCUGCCGUUUACUGCAGGGGCUGUAGCUACGUUUCUAUCUGUCUUAGCUCUCAGCCUCGAUGGCCAUCUAAUUUCACCUACCACGGCCUUUAUGCUUCUGGCUUUCAUUAACACCCUUCGAAUUACCAUCACACGUUUCUCUUAUGCUAUUACCUCGGUGUUUGAGCUGUGGAUAUCUUUAAAAAGAAUCAGAAACUUUCUUUUGCUGAAAAAUAUCCCUUCAAUGGGCUUGGAAUCCACUGAGAAGCCUCCUGGCCACCAAGAUCGUGUUCAAGAACCUAAAAACAACUUCCCAGAGCUUUAUGUUCGAGGCCCCUUAAAAGCAGAAGAUAAGAGUGAAGAAACAAUAUCCGAAAAUCAAGACUUUAAUAAAUACUUUUCUGUUGACAACGAUACUAUUCGUAACUAUAGAACUGAAUCUACUCAAACCUCUUCAGGAAAGUUAUUAAUUGAAGGUCUUUGGUGUAAAUUUGAUGAACUGGAUGGGCCAUAUAUCCUCCACGAUGUCAAUUUUGAGAUCCCGGAGAAGAGUUUAACAGUCGUUACUGGUGAGGUGGGGAGUGGAAAAUCUACACUCCUAGCUGCCAUUGCAAGAGAAGUCGUUGCAUCCAGUGGGAACAUAACCUACUCCGGAAAUGUGGCUUAUGUCUCUCAAACUGCUUGGGUUUUCUCUGGAACACUCCGAGAAAAUGUUUUGUUUGGGAAGCCUUUCGAUGAAACAAAAUACAACAGGGUGAUUCAAGCUUGCACGCUAACUAACGACAUAGGAAGAUUUCCAAAUGGUGACCUCGUAUUUGUUGGAGAACACGGUGUCGUGCUGAGUGGUGGCCAGAAAGCUCGCGUUAAUUUGGCUCGUGCAGUAUACGCCAAUGCUGACUUAUAUUUACUCGAUGAUCCUUUGAGCGCAGUUGAUUCUAAAGUUGGUGAUCACAUAUUUUUUGAGUGCAUUUGCAAAUUGUUAAAGAAUAAAACAAGAGUCCUAGUGACAUACACAGAAAAGUACCUUAGGAUGGUUGACCAGGUUGUGGUUCUCAACAACGGAUCCGUCUCAGGAAAAGGCACUUACAGCGAAUUGAAAGAAAGGGGAGUAAUUAUUGAUUCUAUAAUAGAUGCUAGUAGUGCCAUGGAAAAAAAGACCACCACUCCUAACAAAGAAUCUAGCUUACGUCAUAACGCAAACCGAAGCCAAUUCGAUGAGCCUUUGCCUGUAUCCCAUGAAGAUAUGGCAACUGGGGAUAUCUCCUCUUCCUUAUAUUGGAAUUAUUUUAGAGCCGGAAUGCAUCCAUUUUUCAUGAUUCUUUUACUUCUUCUUUUUCUUAUGACGCAAGGUAAGAGAAAUAUACCAGGUAACUUCCCAUGAUAAUUUUAACCUAGAACAAGAAAAAUGAUCACGUAGGAAAGAACACUGAACAAUAUUAGAAAAAGAAAAACAGCUAUCAUUAACGAUAAGUGGAUAUUGGUGAUGAUCUUGUUUAUGAUGAUGAUGAUAAAUCCUUUUUUGAUUGGUAACUUUACGGGAAUUUAAACUAGCAAGCAAAUCAAGUAGUUCUGCGCACUACGUAUGUCAUCUUUGAUGUCUCCAUCACGCGUGAAACUUAGUAAUACAUAUUCUUUGAGUGAUCCGUAGUUUGAAACUUUUCCAGAUCACCUGGAGUAUACAUGCAUACUAAAACGCUCAUAGCUUUCACGUUAAUAACGCCAUUUGUCCACAACUCUGAAUAAAUGACACUUCUAUAAUAAGUCGUAAUCAUUUUUGUUCUGGAAGACGAAUAAUUUUUUUUUUAUUCAUUUAUUAGCUCUUCUUGUUUCACCCGACGUCUGGCUUUCUUGGUUCACUACUAUUCAACCUGCAUCGGAACAACAGUCAUUGUCAGCACUGAGUACUUACGCUGCACUAGUGUUCGGUGCUUCCGCUAUGGCCAUGAUCCGUGCCGUCAUAUUCUUCAGUGUCUCCCUCAGAUCAUCUCAAAACUUGCACAGCCGGCUCGUUACCUGUUUGCUGAAAGCCCCAGUGUUAUUUUUCGACACUAAUCCUGCGGGACGCAUAUUAAACAGAUGUUCCAAAGACAUUGGUUGCAUGGACGAGUUACUUCCCAGGACGUUUCUAUCAGCCAUCCAGUAUUUUUUGUUUAUAUCCACAGCCAUGCUGCUACCCUUGUUUACGAAUAUUUGGCUCUCCAUUGUUUCGGUUCCAGCCGUGGUCAUUUUUCUGUGCUUAACGUGGUAUUACUUGAAGACUUCCCGUGAGCUCAAGAGGCUCGAGGCUAUUUGUCGAAGUCCCGUAUUAUCGCACUUUUCAGAAACCAUGAUCGGCUUAGAUACAAUUCGCAGUCGAAAAAGAGAAAACGAUUUCAUCGGAGAGUUUUAUAGGUGAGUAUGAUUGCGUGAAGCAAUUAAAUUUAAUGCUUUAUAGCUACAGCUGAUGACGGACACUGAGUCCUUAAGCUGGAGAAUAGGUAUCAUCGAUCGCCUGCGAAAAGGAAUAUCCAAAACAAGAACCGGGCAAUACGGUUCCCAGGAACCGAGAAGAUUUUCCAAACUUAUGAAAAGUUCUCAUUCGCUUACAGAGUGUUCAAUGUUCUUUUAAGUCUGACUCUGGAGAGUUUUACAGAAUAAAAAAUCUCUUAGAACUGAAAGCUUUCACUUCUCACGAUUUUCUUUCACGCAUCGUUGGUGGCGUUUUCUCGUAACUUUUAGCAUCACUCGUAGAUUUUCUACCAGGAACCGUGAAUAGAGGAAUAUCGCUCAUAUUAUCAUAGCUUCACUUUGCUACGGAUUUAAAUUUUCCUUUGUACAUAACUGAGCCCUGGACCGUAUCAUGAUAGCAAAUGCGAAAAUGCAGGUAGCUAACGGUGAAGCUUUAUAAACGUCCAUAAAUGUCAUAGAGUAAAAAUAAUUACUCUUGUCUCAUUUUGUUGUUUUUCUAGUUUGCUUAUCUGUUUGCUUCUAUAACUUACAGGCAUCAAGAUUUACACAAUCGCACGUUUUCCAUGGUGGUAGCCAGUAAUCGGUGGCUUGGUUUCCGUGCUGACGUACUUUGUGCAGUACUAACAACUGCAGUGGCUUUUGCUUCUGUUUUAGCUUCUCAAAACCCAGGUAUCAAUCACGAAAAUUCUAUAGAACUGAUAACACUGACAAAGUUUAUCUAUUAAUUACGCUAUCUAUAAACAUGAUCAUUAUUAUUAUUAUUAUUGUUUUGAUCCAUUAAUCUUUCUAUUUAUCUCAGCUUUGGCUGGUCUGGCGCUUGCCUAUGUUAUUGACACGGCAAAAAUCUCCCAAGUAGCUGUUAGACAAUAUGCUGAUGCUGAGAACCUUAUGACGUCUGUGGAGCGAGUCCUGGAGUACACGCGCCUCGACUCAGAACCUGGAUACACCAUCAAAACACUUCCUCCAAAACACUGGCCAUAUGAUGGUCAUGUGAGUUUUAAAAAUGUUUACAUGAGGUACUAUCCAGGCGGACCAGUAGUACUCAAAAAUUUAACUUUUGAAAUCCAGCCUAGGAACAAGUUGGGAAUCGUAGGUCGGACGGGAGACGGCAAGUCGUCCAUUAUAUCAGCUCUCCUACGCAUGCCUGAGGCCGAAGGGGAGAUAUUUAUCGAUGGUGUAUGCAUAACAGAUGUUCAACUUCAGGAAUCGCGGAAAUGUAUCUCUGUCCUCGGCCAAUCCCCUGUUCUCUUCAGUGGAUCGUUAAGGAAAAACUUGGAUCCCUUAGAGGAGUACACAGAUGAUGAACUAUGGAGUGCUAUCAAAGAGGUGAAACUCACCAGUUUGGUCGAAAAUCUAGACGGUCAACUUGAUCACCAACUUUUUGAGGGAGGCGAAAACUUGAGUACUGGUGAGCGACAAUUAAUAUGCUUGGCUCGCACUUUGCUUAAGCGAAGUAAGAUCGUUAUUUUGGAUGAGCCAACGGCGCACGUGGAUCCAAAUACAGAGAAAACCAUCUGGUCAACUGUGCACGAGAAAUUGAAAAACUCAACGGUCAUUAUUAUUGCUCAUCGUUUAGGCACUGUUAGUAACUGUGACGGUAUCUUAUUGUUAAGAGAAGGCCAGAUUGCUGCUCAGGGCACCUUUGAUGAACUCAUUGGAUCUCAGAAAGGGUUAUGAAUACAAUCUUUAUUUUCAAUCGCAGUUAUAAUCCAACAAGGCCUUCAAAAGCCUUAAGUAACCUGACUGACCAACGCCAAAGUAUUUGAUGGAGAACAAAAAUGGAUUUAAUGUUGCUUUUUUUUAAUUUAUGUACCGCAAUAUGUAUUCAUAUAUUGUUGAUUAAUCUUUGGAAAUCUAUUACAUUUUUCUUCCAAACGUAGUUAUAUUGUUGUAGCCUGAGAAAUGAAC